AUGUCUGACAUAAAUCUCGACUGGGUUGACAGGCGUCAGUUGCAGCACUUGGAGGAAAUGCUGAUUGUUGUGGAUGAGAAUGAUAAGGUUAUUGGUGCCGACACCAAGAGGAAUUGCCAUCUGAACGAAAACAUUGAGAAAGGGCUGCUGCACCGAGCCUUCAGCGUUGUCUUGUUUAACACCGAGAAUCGAAUCCUGAUACAGCAGAGGUCGGACACGAAAGUCACGUUUCCUGGGUAUUUUACCGACUCCUAUAGUAGCCACCCAUUAUACAACCCAGCAGAACUGGAAGAAAAGGACGCCAUCGGAGUGAGGCGGGCAGCCCAGAGGCGUCUGCAAGCAGAGCUGGGAAUUCCUGGGGAGCAGAUUUCUCCAGAGAACGUUGUGUUCAUGACAAUCUAUCACCACAAGGCAAAAUCAGACAGAACGUGGGGAGAGCAUGAAAUUUGUUACCUUCUGCUUGUGAGGAAAAAUGUCACUGUGAACCUGGGUCCCAGUGAAACAAAAAGCAUCCUCUACCUGUCCCAGGAGGAGCUGCGGGAGCUCCUGGAGAAGGGGGCCAGGGGUAAAGUCAAAGUCACCCCCUGGAUAAGAACCAUUGCCGAGAGGUUUCUGUACCGGUGGUGGCCUCACCUGGAUGAGUUCGUGGAGCUUCACAAAAUACACAGAGGGUGA